GGAGCGGGCUUUCCCCCGACCGGCAUGGAGGACGUAGUGGCCAAGUACGUGUCCCAGAAAGUCAGCAAAACCCGCUGGCGGCCCGUACCUGCUACUGCUUUGCAGCCUCCCGAGGUCUUCGCCACUGGCUCGUGGGACAACGAGGAAAAUAAGAUUUCCAUUUGGUCUGUUGGAGACUUUGAAGGCUUGGACCCAAAUGAAGAAUAUCAUGGAGAACCACAUCAGCUAUGUGAUAUCCAGCACAGUGGAGAUGUUAUGGAUAUGCAGUUUUUGGAACAGGAGAGAAUUGUGGCUGCUUCAUCCACUGGAAGUGUGACCAUAUUCCAGCAUCAUCAAAGUAAUCAGACGCUCUCUAUUAGCCAGAAAUGGGAAAAUGCACAUUACUAUGGUUCAUCCUGUGUGAGUGCAUCAUGCACUGGGGUCAUCUGCAACAGCCCUGACAUUUUUACUGUUGGUGAAGAUGGCAGAAUAAAUAUGUUCACAGCUGAUCACAAGGAAGCUGUACGUACUGUAGACAAUGCUGAUAGCAGUACACUCCAUGCAGUGACUCGACUCCGCACAACAGAGAUCCUGACAGUCAAUUCCAUUGGUCAACUAAAAAUAUGGGAUUUCAGGCAGCAAGGAAAUGAGCCUUCACAAAUAUUUUCAUUGACAGGGGAAAGAAUACCACUACAUUGUGUUGAUAGGCAUCCCAAUCAACAGCACAUUGUAGCUACAGGUAGCCAAGAUGGAAUGUUAAGUAUUUGGGAUGUAAGACAAGGCAGCAUGCCAGUUUCUUUGCUAAAUGCUCACGAAGCAGAAUUGUGGGAAGUGCACUUUCAUCCUUCCAAUCCUGAUCAUCUGUUCACUUGUUCAGAGGAUGGUUCUCUGUGGCACUGGGAUGCUUCCAUUGAUGUGUCUGAAAGAAAAUCUUUUCUUCAUACAGGUGGGAGAAGUACGACAUUUCUGCCUCACAGUGCAGCUAAUCAAUCUGUAAUAAGUGCAUGGUUAAGCAAUGAUCCUACUAAAGACCGCAUGGAGAUUACAAAUUUAAUUUCAAAUCCAACAUUAUCUGUUAAUAGUUUAGAUAUUCUAGGAUCUUGUCUUGUAUAUGGAACAGAUGCAGAAUCUAUUUAUGUUAAGAAAAACCUCUUUGCAUAAGUUCAUUUCGCUAAAUAGGUUUAUUUCAUCAAAAAGGAUUCUUCAGUAUUUAGAAGAAUCAGGUGCUAAAUACUGGAAGCUGCACCAUUUUGUAGAGCUAUUAUUAAACUAGGGACAUAAUUUGGAAUGGCAUACAACUCAUGUUAUAGCUUUAUUCCUUUAACCAUGUAAUUCUCACAUAAACAAAUUGGCAUUUCAUUAUUGUUCAUAGGUUGGUUGCUCCUUUUUGUAGUAAGCUAUCUAAAGUUAAAAAAACACACAACAAAGGAUAGGGUGACUACUUUACCAAUUCUCCAGUAACUAUAAUAAAUGAAAUUGAAGUGCAGUUGUUGUAUCAACUUUGGUGGUGACAGGAAAAGCUUGCUUAUGGGAUUUUUUUUUGAUAAAAAUGCUGUAUGAUAGGUCUAAGAUACUUCUCAUUGAUGUUGGAAGAAAGUAUAAUGUUUGCAACGGAGAACAGGAACAGUCUCAUUGAGUAUAAAAUCCUGUAAAAUAUAUAUUGCAGUAAACCAUGAAAUGUAUUUAAGAG